AUGGCCGAGCCAAAGACAUACUUCAUUCUUCGCAACACGGACUACAAGCCCGAUGGACUCAUCCAGCUCGGGCAGCUCAUCUCUGACCCCCGCACGCCAUAUCGAUGCAUAGCCCCUCCCCUCAAACCCCUCCCAGCAGACCUCAUCCACCAUGCUUACAAGAAAGACUGGUCACUCGAGAAGUCCAAGGGCGCAGCUGGAGAGGUCGGCGUCUUCGCGCACUUCCUGACGGCGUUCACCGCGGAGACGUCGGCUAAGGCGUCACGGGAUUUCAGCAACUCCUGGAAAGCUGCGACACUGGAGACGUCUUUUCUCGAACUUGGCGAAGAUGUCGAAUCUCCGUAUGUCAAGGCCAGCGUCAAGGAAGCCGCGGUACAGAAGUGGCUCAAGCGCGAUAAGUUCCUCAAGAAGGUCAUCUACAUGGUGACCGGAAUCAGAGUAGCGAGGCAGCCUGGUGAGACCUCCUAUGGUAUGUCCAAGGGCAAAGGCGGCUCUGCAAAAUUUGGUGCGGACCCGGGCACUGGAGGACUGGUUUCGGCUGGUGUGCAAGGGAGCCUCGAACGUACCAGAGGGAUCACGGAAACCAGUACGCCUCCAGACGACUUUGUGUUUGCCUACAGACUGCGCAAAAUUCACAUCAGCUUGUUUAACAAGGUCACACUGGGCAAAGAUCUAUCGGGGGCUGAACUGCAUAGGGGUGAUUAUGUGGGGGAUGAGAGUGAUGAUUCUGACGAAGACGAGCUAGGGAAAGUGCCUGUAGUUGUCGGUGAUAUCGAGGAACUGUUGGUUGAGAAAAAUGAUUUCGGAUCUUCUCUGCCUGCUCGGCAUGAGAAAAAGAGUGGCGUUGACGAAAUCGACGGCCGACGAUGUUUGGUCAUUCUUUCGGACUAG